AUGUGUUUCUGUCCCCCAGCAUGUGAAGUGUCAUUCGACAACUGUCCAGUCCCUGUGGAGAAUGUAAUAGGAGAAGUAGGAGGAGGCUUCAAGGUAGCGAUGAACAUCCUCAACUCUGGCAGGUUCAGUAUGGGCAGCGCCGGCUCUGGAAUGAUCAAGAAACUCAUCGAGAUGACAGCAGAGUACGCUGGCAGCAGGAAACAGUUUGGUAAGAACCUCAGUGAGUUUGGGAUGAUCCAAGAGAAGUUUGCGGUGAUGGCCCAGAAUGCAUUUGUGAUGGAGAGCAUGGCGUACCUGACGGCUGGGAUGAUGGAUCGACCUGGGGUCCCUGACUGUUCUCUAGAGGCUGCUAUGGUUAAGGUGUUCAGCUCUGAGGGAGGCUGGAUCUGUGUGUCUGAGGCUCUGCAGGUUCUAGGAGGGCUGGGCUACACUAAGAACUAUCCCUACGAACGCUACCUCAGAGACUGCCGUAUCCUGCUCAUCUUCGAGGGCACCAAUGAGAUCCUGAGGAUGUACAUAGCUCUGACUGGAAUGCAGUAUGCUGGAAAAAUACUGACAGGCAAAAUCAAGGAGAUGAAGAAGGGGAAUGUGGGUGUGGCCUUGGAGAUGUUGGGCAGGAAGUUGGGAGACGCGUUGGGGAGGAAGGUGGACCUUGGACUGACUGGGAUGGAUGGGGUGGUGCAUCCUGGUCUGGCGGACAGUGCCAAGAAACUGGAGCAGAACGUGGCCCAUUUUGGCUCCACAGUGGAGAACCUGCUGUACAGAUAUGGAAAGACGAUAGUAGAGGAGCAGCUGAUCCUGAAGCGUGUUGCUGACGUCCUGAUCAACCUGUACGCCAUGACAGCCGUCCUAUCACGAUCUAGUAGAUCUAUCUCUAUAGGGCUCAGGAACCACGACCAUGAGGUGCUGCUGGCUAACACGUUCUGCACCGACGCCUUCUUCAAGAACAACUACUGGCUAACUCAGCUACAGAGGAACUCACCUGAGAACCAAGAUGAGAACAUUAAGAAGAUCGCCAGGGAGGUUCUAGAGAAGAGAACCUAUGUCUGUUCCCACCCUCUGGACAGAACCUUCUAGAACCUGAACAGAAUAACAGAACUCUGACUGGAGGAGACAUGGUGUCCUAUUCCCUAUGCAGUGCACUACUUUGGGCCAGAGCCAUAUGUAGCAACCUAAAAGUGGGGCACUGUAAAGGCUUUAGGGGGCCAUUAGAGACUGACCUCGGGGUCCUGUGACCCUAAAUUUCCAUCCAUGGCUACAUGCCUCUACUUUUGUAUUGUUAACGAGCAAUAACUAACUCCUCAGUUCUGAAGCAACUCUUGAUAUGAUGUUAAUUUAAUUCUGUAUAUCAUUUAUAACUACGAUUGAAUAUAAUGACCUUAUUUUACUGGUGGUACUUUGGUUGAAGUGAACAGUGGUUGUAGGUUACUGGCCAUUUAUUCUAUUAAAGUGUUGAUUUCUUUCA